GCUGCAUGAUCGAAGCUGGCGAGCUAGACUCAAGUUCGCUACGAUGAAAACUGUGACACUGCAGCGUUCUUCUCGAGCCGUCGAACCAAAGCUAAGUCGCAGUACACGUAAAUCGCGGUGGGGGACCGAGCGGCCCGAACUCGUUAAGAACCUACGCAUGAAUCUCGACGUAAACACGAAAUCAGUUUAGCGCGCCGCUACUACCUUCGCGAGUCGUGGGUAUUCCUUGCCAGGGCAUCUUGCCCAACGCUCCGUGCAGCAAAUAAACAAGCUGCACAGCAGAACGCCCGGUUGUCGUCGUCAGGCGGCGUCGCUCGCGGCCACCGCCAUCCGCGUCGUCGUCCGAGCAUGGGCGGUCGGCCGUGCGGCGUUCUAGUGACUGUUCUACUGCUUCCCUGGGUUCGUGCGGACUUGACGCAGGAUGUGGACGAGUACUAUACGGCUGUGAUCAACCUGACGUACGUGCACCCGGCCACGGGUCAGCUCGUCUCUGAGCGCGAGGAACUGGGCCGCUACUACAGCGCGGGCAAGCUGGGCUCCGUGAGCGGAGUAGUGGUGCACGUGACGAGUGGAAACUUCACGGCGCACGACGCCUGCUCGCCGCUGGACGCAGCCUCCAUCCCGCAGGAGCCCUGGAUCGCGCUCAUACAGCACGGCAACUGCGUCGAGUCGGUCAAGAUGCGCCACGCAGCCAACACCAACGCGUCCGGAGCCGUGCUUUACAGCGGUGCGGCGGGACCUGGGCCAGGCGUCAGCGGCCGACUGCUCAAGAUGCGCCACAAAGUGUCCCAGCUGAUCUCGGUGCUGAUUGGCCGGGAGAAGGGGCAGCAAAUAGCAGGCCUGGUGGACAAUGGUACACGCGUGCUGAUGCAAAUGUCAGUGGGCAGCCACCGACCCUUCCCCUACCCAAGCAUCAACCGUACCUCAGUGCUCUUCGUCUCUGUCUCCUUCAUCAUCCUCAUGAUCAUCUCCCUCGCCUGGCUCGUCUUCUACUAUGUACAGCGAUUUCGGUACAUCCAUGCCAAGGACCUGCUCGCGAGGCGGCUAUGCAGUGCUGCACAGAAGGCGCUGGACCGCAUUCCAGUGCAGACGCUGCGGCCAGGCGAGCAAGAGUCCGAGUGCUGUGCCGUCUGCAUCGAGCCCCUGCGGCCGGGAGAACUGGUCCGCUUGCUGCCCUGCCGCCACUCAUUUCACAAGCCGUGUGUGGACCCGUGGCUACUCGAGCAGCGCUCGUGCCCCAUGUGCAAGAUGGACAUCCUCAAGCAUUAUGGACUUGUGUAUGCAGCUGGCAGCCAGGAGAGUGUGCUAGAAGACGAUCCAGAAGCCCGCUGAAAUCUACUCAAUGCGCCUCCUACCUUCUCCACUGUGCAAUUGUGUGUGUGUGUCUGUUUGCCUCACCAAUAAACCUCACCUUCAUCACCCA